AUGGACUUUCAAGACGUGCGUCUCGCCUGUGUUGUUUAUUUUCCUGGCAACUCAGUCGCAGAUCCGACUAACAAGCAUAAUGAAACAGGCGCUGCGGACAUUCGUAUCGACAAUACGAAAGUUCCAAGCAGGAAAGGGUCACAGUCUUUCAAACCUCUGCGCCAGCUGUCGGUUGAAUUUGCUGAGGCAAUUGCAGUGAAUCAAGGCUUCGAUACAGUAGGUGUGUGCUUGAGCGCGAAAUGUUCUGUAUCUUACGUCAAAUCAGCAACAAGUGAGACCUGGGACGUGAAGAGCUCUGAGAACGAACUGCACUCAAAAAUGUCCUCUGAAUCUGAGCUCAAAUCGCCUCCAAAGUCAGGACUUUUUAGUUCGAUUUCCAAUCAGAUUUCUUUUGCACUUGUAGCUGUGACUGCUGCGUCGUUCUAUCAAGUAAGGCUUUCCAGUGGUGCAUCGACGAAGACUACUUCUUCAGUUAAGGACCAAAACUACGCUAUGGGUCUGGCACUGGCCGGGGUCGCUCUUAUUGGAAAUGCUGCCGUGGGUGCAUUCCGCAAAAUUCUGUCCCAGCAUAACAUCGGCAGUGCACAGCAAUCCGGAGAUUUGAAGUUCGGUUCCGUGCAAGAGAUGACAGAUGCACUGCCCCCAAGAGCGUUCUGGAUUGCUGCUGUCAGUGCAUCCGUUUUAAAUUCUAUUGUCAAAACUCUUGAGACCAAAGCCUUUGCGGAGUCUGACAUUUCCCUUUGUGCACCGUUUCUGGCUUUUGAUCCUGUUAUGCAAUUCCUGGUCGGAGUAGCCGUGAUGCCGCUUGCAUGCAAAAUGAUUGAAUUUGGAUGCGACGAAGCAAAAACGUCAUAUCCUCCGUAUCACAUCCUAUCUGUUGGGUGCAUUGCAUAUGGUGCCUUCUUGCUUGGAAAAGGGAUUGCACCGAAAGGAUCAAGUGGAAACGUCAAGGAGGCCAAGAUGCUGGGACCGCUUCCCCUGGGCUCAUGGUUUAUCCUCAUCAACUGUGUCAUCUAUGGCUUUACAUCUAGACUUGACAAGGUUGCAAUCAAAUCGGCAGGAAAGACGUUGUACUAUGCAUAUGGAAGAUUGCUAAUGGCGAGUACUACUCUAGGUGGCUCGUUCAUGUCUGGAGGCCUUACAUUUCGUGAACUGAAGAAGUUCAUGGCACCUCCAGUGCUGCUGCUCAUUUUCGCGAUCUGCCUUUCAGAUGCCAUUUACAUGCUUUCGCUGUACACUUCUCCUUGCGUGUGGCUGGCAGUGACACGUGCAACAGUUAUCAAGCUUUUGCCUGGAUCUCUCCUGUUUAUGUCACAGCAAUCAAGCGAGGUGAUGGCGAGAAAGGGAGCGUGCUGGAAGUGA